AUGUCGAGCCUCAGUGUCCGUUCGGAGCCGUCUUCCUCUAUGAGCCCGGGCCCAUUGGGGGUACGUGAUGAGGGCAAGAUCAGGAGGGCACCGACCCCGGCUGCAAUGACGCACCCGAAAGAAAUGGAUGCCGGGGAACGCCGUCGGCAGCGUGAAGCCAUGAAGCGGCGCAUGUCGCAUCCUCAAGGACUUCCUGCCGGCUUGCUCGAGAAGUGGGAAGCAACCACCUCUACGACCGGCAAGUUUGAAUUCUUGAAAGCGUUUAUGCUCGACGAGAACAUGACAUCCAUGCACAUCGAAGCGGAGUACAAAGAGUACUCGGAGAAGCGCCAGGAAGGUCAUUACAUUGAGCUCCCGCUCCACGAACUAGAAGAGAAAUACAACAAGACAGAAGAAGGCCGACGAUUUCUUCGUGAUGAUAUCCUGGCCAAACAGACUGGUCGCGAGCACCCACAAGCAAAAGGCAAUGCUGCAUGGCGCUUGUAUAAGAUCUACGAACACGGAAAAGAGAUCAGCGCCAACGUGACCAAGGUGGGCACAAAGACGAGAGUCAAGAAGAGCAUCGGCAAAGCGGACACGGCCACGAGAAAAAAACUCGCGGAGGUCUUGACCUCCCAAGGUGCCGACCAUGUGAAGGGCACGGAGGAGAGCAAGAAGGCGAAACCGAACAAGGAACCGAAGGACAGCACUGCGCUCUGCAUGCCUGGGAGUUAA